AUGAGCACCGAAGAGCCGGUCUCUGCGAUUGAGCUUCAGUCUUCCCCGCACCGCCAUGACAAUGAAGCCCUUCCGACGUCGACGUCGACACAAGAAUUAGACCCGACCGACGGUGGACGCCCUGCCUGGACUGUGCUUAUGGCAGGGGUUGUUUUCGAGGCUUUAUUCUGGGGCUUCCCCAUGUCCUUCGGCGUAUUCCAGAGCUUCUACGAAAGACAACCAGAUUUCAAAAAUGACACAUCGAAUAUCGCCCUCAUCGGAACCUUGGCACAAGCGCUGUACUACCUAGGUGCCCCGUUGUCCGCCAUGGUGACCAAGAGGUUUCCCAAGUACCAACGACACCAGAUCUGGAUGGGAUGGCCGCUCUGUGUGUUUGGCCUCCUCGGAGCGUCGUUCGUCUCCACCGUCAACGGGCUCAUUGCCACCCAGGGCCUACUCUACGGUCUGGGAUUCGUCACCUUGUCCUACCCCAUCAUCAGCAUGGUCAAUGAAUGGUGGGUCGCGCGAAAGGGCAUGGCGUUCGGUCUCAUUUCCGCCUCGUCAGGCAUGACAGGCGCUGUAAUGCCCUUCCUGAUCCAGACUCUUCUCGACAAAUACGGACACAAAACUACACUCCGCGCAAGCGCUGUCGGCAUGGCGAUUCUCACCGCACCCUUGAUACCAUUAUUCAGAGGCCGUCUCCCACCCUCCGACAGCGCGAUCAUCGCUCGCUCACAAUGGGGCUUCCUGAGACGCCCCCUCUUUUGGGUCUACGCGUCUGCGACACUGGUCCAAGGGAUCGGCUUCUUCUUCCCCUCUGUCUUCCUUCCUACCUUCGCCGCCUCGCUCAACCUUUCCUCUCGCAACGGAGCCCUUCUCAUUGCCCUAAUGUCCAUCGCGCAAGUUGUCGGCCAGUUUGCAUUCGGGUACCUCUCCGACCUCAACCUAUCCGUCAGCGGUCUCGCCACCAUCUGCUGCCUCGCUGCUGCUGCGGCGGCUCUCAUAUUCUGGGGAAUGGCCACGUCCAUGGUCUUCCUCGUGCUCUUCAGUCUUGUCUACGGGUUCUUCGCUUUCGGCUUCACCACGAUGCGUGUGGCUAUGGGCCGCGCCAUCAGUAAUGACCCGUCGACUGUUUUCGCCACGUAUACCAUCUUCGUCUUUCUUCAGGGAGUGGGUAAUAUUCUGGUGAGUCCUGUCAGUUCGGCGCUGAUUUCUGGUCCGGCUGUCAAGGGCCGCUUUGGGGCUGGGAGGUAUGAUGGGGUGGUUGUGUUGACGGGGGUUUCGUCUGCUGUGGCUGCUUUGAUUAUGGUGGUGUGGCAUUUGGGGUUGGUUACCAUGCGUGGCCAGCAUCAUGGUUAA